AUGGAAUCUCCUUUCGGCUCAUACAUCGGUACAAACUACGCUCCCAGCGCUGGAGAGCUGCGCCAGAUCUUUCACUUCCUCAAGGACCCCCUCGAUCGCUUGAGUUCGCUCGACAGGGAGAUCGCACACGUAGCCGCCACGCUCAGCCAUCUCCAGUCAGAGCGACACGUUCUCCAGCAAUUCGUUGACGCGCACCAGGCGCUGACGCAUCCCAUCCGCCGAAUCCCCCUUGAAAUCCUGCUUGACAUCUUUGCCGCAUGCCUACCCACGCACCGAAACCCAGUUAUGAGCACCGCCGACGCACCGCUCCUCCUCGGCAGAGUGUGCAGCUCCUGGCGGCAGAUCUCUACAACCACACCGACGCUGUGGUCCCGCCUCCAUAUCGUCGAGCCUGGGUUGCCGUGCCAAAGUCUUGAGGCUGCCUCAGUCGACCACGGCACAGCGAAUGAUGCAGAGAGCGCUCGCUCUGAUUUUGAAGCGCGGAUGAGACUCAGGGUGGACGCAGUGAAGCUUUGGCUGCACAGGUCGGGCGAGGCGCCGUUGUCGUUGUCCCUCCUCUGCAACACGGAUCUGCGUUCGGAUGGGGAAAGCGCGAUACUGGAAGUGCUGCUCGCCGUGCGCCAUCGGUGGGAACGGAUAGAGUUGGCUGGCCACUUGUCGAUGCGUCAACUGCAGGAGGACUGGGGCUCUGAUGACGUCGGUCAACUACAGAGUCUGCGGCUGAUCAUCGACAGGGCGCCUGUGUCUAAUCGCAUUUCUCAGUGGGGAAAGUUGAAUCUCCUCCGAGCACCUCAACUCCGAGAGUUGCAUAUCGUCGGGGACACCGUCUGGCUACUUCCGCUCAGGCUGCCUUUGAAGUGGGAUGAGCUCAUUGAGCUCAAUUUGGAGGUCUCAGUCACCGCAAAUAUCUCCAGCGCUGUACUGCAGGACAUCCUCAAAUUAUGCCCCAGGCUUAAAACCCUACGUUCUUGGGCAUGGGACGGGAAACCACGGCUGGAAUCUGGCGGUAUCCUCACACACCACGCUCUAGAGACGCUGGAUCUCCAUUAUACCAGAGGUCAAAGGCUUCUAGUCAGUUUGGAACGUCUGUGUGGGCGCACUCGGUUCCCCAAUCUGCGCAACUUCAGAUUUUCCGGGUACACUGAUGAGCAGGUGCACUUUGACUUUGCCCCCUUCAUUCUUGCUUGCACACGGCUUGAGUCGGUGCAUGUCGGCAUCGACUUAUUUUCAAAAACGACACUGGAAGAGUUUCUCAUCUCCUUGCCUCCCACUUUAUGCUCUCUAUGCAUCACAGAAUCAAGGAUAUACGACCGGAAUCUAAACGUCUUCGACAAAGAUGCACUCUCUCUUCUAGUUCCUACUCAAACAAGCCCAAUUCCCUGUUGUCCCGGUCUCCAGAGUUUCACAGUUGGACCCUGCGUUCGAUUCUCGGGUGCAUCUCUGCUAUCUUUCAUUCGCUCUCGGAUGACUUCGACCACGAGUGUCCCCCUGAAACAUGUCUCAAUCGCUUUCCCUGGCGUCAUUAAAAAAGAUAUUCUGCUUGCUUUGCAGAAUUUCGUUGCGGCUGGUCUGAAUGUGGACAUUCAACACAAGGCGGAGCUGUCCGCAGAUAAUAUGUUUACUCCUUGGACCGGAAUCACAGUGAAGUAG